GGUCACGCCGCUGCUUAUAGCCGUAUCCGUAAGAUCUUGGAAGUGCUACGACUAGCGAUGUGAGCCCCUUGCGAUUGCAAUGCAGACGAUGGCGAACUUGAGCGAACAGCGACGCGCGUCUAAGCGAUCCUCCAACGCGUGCUCACGGUGUCGACGACAGAAGAUCAAGUGUUCGGGACUGCAGCCUUGUGCAAACUGCACGAAGAGGAGCUUGAGCUGUGUUUUCGACGAUCGGGAUAACAAGGUGCUGGUUACGCAGGGUUACCUGUCCGAUCUGCAACAGAAAGUCGCCCGUUUGGAGCGAAGUCUCAGCCACAUAGAAACGAACCCUGGGCUGGCUCGAGAAUCUCGAGAACAUGGCGAAGAACCAGUUCAGGCUGGCAGUUCCCGCCGGGAUCAUCCUCUCCGGCCCCUUCCCAGUGGUGACAAUGAGCCCGGUGAAACCUCUCGAUCAAGUCCUGCAGAGACGCGAGACAACUCCCCGAAGACAGACCAAGGGAAUGCGGAAAGCCAUGAAUUGACGAAUCCCUUGCUUGAAUCGCCUUCGAAAUUUAUGGCAGCGUCUUCCGGGAGAACAUUCUAUUUGGGGACUUCAUCAAAUUGGUCUUUUCAUGGCCAAGUAUUGAAUGUAGUUCACCAGCAUAUUCGUAGUACCCCUCUACCAGGAACCGAGUUUCUGUUCGAUGGCUCGGCCUACAACCUUCCAUGGGACGGCACUCGCAGCCUGCCGGAGACGAACGCACCUGUCAUCCCAAGCAUCGACUAUGCUAUCUUUCUCAUCAACGCCGUCAAAUUCCAUUGCGGUCAGUUGGUACAUUUGUUCGAUGAAGAUGAGUUCAACGCCAAACUGCACGCCUUCUACAGUAACGCAGAACCCAACAAGCUUCAAGACAGUUUGUGGUACAUUCAGUUCCUACUGAUCAUCGCUUUCGGGCGGACACUUGUACAACGCAAACACCGAGAAUCAAAACCGCCUGGGGCCGAUUUCUUCGUACACGCUCUGCAGCUACUCCCUGAUACCAAUCGACUGUGCCGAGAACCACUCGUGGCAACAGAGAUCCUGUGCGGUAUCGCUCUGUACCUGCAGGCAUUAGAUUCGCGCAAUGCAGCACAUGUAACGAUCGGCCAAGCGAUGCGAAUAGCACUGGCAGAGGGUAUGCACACCGACAUGCCAGCGGCAGAGCUAGGCGAGGCAUUUGUCCAGCGAUGUCGCAAGAUCUGGUGGACUAUAUAUAUCCUCGACCGACAGAUGAGUUCGCAGAUGGGCGUGCCGCAAUCGAUCCGGGAUGACGAGAUAACGUGUCAGCUCACGCACUUCCCUGGCUCUGCUCAGCGAACAGCAGCGCUAAAGAUGCAGAUUAGACUCGCGCGUAUAUAUGCGGACAUAGCAAGGAGUGUCUAUGGUCCAAAAGGUCGCCUUCGUAAGAAGUUUGUGAUCAGUAUCAAAGCGCUGCUCGACGACAUGGCAGCUAUCGCAGAGGAAUUACGAAACUCAUUCCCUUUGCAUUCUGACGAGCGUUUUGGUGGCAUCUCAAGGAUGCCGGCGCAUCUGCACCUAAUGUAUUAUCAGACAAUCGUUGUGACAACGAGGCCGCUGCUAUUUUGUUGCCUGAAGAAAGUAUUCGAGUCUCCAAAGGAAGUGGGGCCGCUGGUAUCGUCUCGCAAGAUUAGGCCUCUGUUAAGCAUGUCGCUGGAUGCUUCACAGAAGAUUCUCAACAUCCUUGAAAGCCUGCAAGACCAGGAUCUACUAGAAACUUUUCUUCCAUGGGAUCUAGACUCCCUCUUUGUGUCAACAAUGGUUCUGGUUUUGAUACGAUUUGUUGAUGAUACCCUAUCCGAGAACAGUUCCGCCUGGCUAAACAAAGCCUUCGCUUUCCUCGAUACUAUGGUAUCAAACGGGAACAAAAUUGCCGAAUUUAGGGCCGCCGAGUUGCGCAAAUUAGAGGAUAUGCUAUCCGAAUACUCUGCAAAUCGAACCCCACAACAAUACCCACCCCUUCAACCACUCGCGCCUCUUCCACCUCAACACCAACAAUCUGUGGGUCAGCACCAGUCACCGCCACAGGGUUACUCCAUGCCUCCCGACAUGCAAUCACCGCGGACAAUGAUGAACACCGAAGCUAUGGGGAUGUACACCGCAUUUAGCGAUGAGAGCAGCGGUUUCGGCGAUGAUCUGACGGCAGAUCAGAUCCUUGCUGUAGCGGAGUCGAUGGAUCUGGGGACGACAGAUUGGUUCAAUACGUUUGCGACUAUGGAUACGUAUCAGAUGGUUGAUUCGCAGCAGCAUCCCAUUUAAAUAAUCGCUUUAGCGGGCCGGAAAUCGAUUGCAACCGCAAGUGUGCCGUGAAAAGCUUGUCGAAUGCUCCCACUGGCGUUCUGCUCAUGGUACACCACAGAAACAUACAAUGCAGGGUUUAGCGUGAAGUGCAACAUGUUGUGGAACCACACAAGGCAGUGUUGCAGCGAAGACCCUGAAUUGCCUUCAGCGC